AUGGACCCUGGAAGCGGUCCUGGGGGCUGUCGUCUCCGCCCCCUCUACAGCAGAGACCUGAAGAAGGUUCAAGACAAAGGAGACUCUGACAUCACCACGGGAGAGAAGAGAUACAAUACCAAGCACAAUGAUCUUCUGGAAUCUAAGGGAUGCUUUGCCAAUGUAACAUCAUCUGGCAGAAGGGUCAGCUCCUCAUCUACUGAAACAGGUCUGAGUGUCGGUAAGCCUCUCAGCCCUUGCAGAGGCCUUGUCCACCUAGACCCUUCUGCAGAGUUGAAUCUGAAAUCCUCCUCCUCACAUUCUGAUCGCUCCUCUGAAACUUCAUUGCCUGAAGUCCAAAAGGAUAAAUAUCCCCAGGAAUUCAGCCUGCUCAAGUUGCAGACAAAAGAUGGGCAGCGUCCUGAGUGGACAUUUUAUCCAAGGUUUAGCAGCAACAUCCACACCUACCAUGUUGGAAAGCAGUGUUUCUUUAACGGGGUCUUCCUCGGCAAUAGGAGGUCUCUGUCAGAGAGGAUAGUGGACAAGAGCCUUGGGAGAAAGAAAUAUGUUCUUGACCCCAGGAAUGGAAUCCCAAAGUUAACUCCAGGAGAUAAUCCAUAUAUGUAUCCAGAACAGAGUAAAGGCUUCCACAAAGCAGGAUCAACUCUCCCGCCAGUGAAUUUUUCAAUAGUGCCUUAUGAAAAGAAAUUUGAUACUUUUAUUCCACUUGAGCCUCUUCCACAAAUCCCCAACUUGCCUUUCUGGGUGAAGCACAAGGCCAACAUGCGGAAGAGCGAGAUAAGAGAAGUCAAAGAGCUUGAUGACUGGCAGCCGGCGAUCUCCUUGCUGCACAGUUUGCUCCCUGCCGGUUCUUUGGACUUUCCAAGACAGUCCUGA